AUGGCUGCCUUUGGCGUGGGAGGGCUGGGUGUCAACCAGGCUAUUUUGAUCGAGGGCGCUUGGCGUACAACUACCGGUGACACGACCUGCCACAACACAACGCCGUUCCACGGCCAACGCGGGUCCCGGUUGGUUCAAGCCUCGCCUUGCCUCGGACGACGGCUCUCCGCAGGGCCGCUGUUUGCCUUGGCCCCCAAGAGCCGGUAG